GCAUGCGUAGUGAGGCUUCUGGGGGGGGGGGGUGUCCCGAGGCCCGGAAGGCGGGCACCCGGACAGUUUGAGGUGGGGGGGGGAUCGCGCGGCUACUGCCGUUGGCCGAAGGCAAAGGCGGGUGGGGUGCUCUGGAGCUGAGUCGGAGGAAGCCGGGGAGCGGUCAGGGUCAGACCGGCUAGGAAGCCCUCGCUUGUGCCAUGGACUCCCAGAGCGCCUCGGAGGUGGAGAGCAGGACUGUGAUCGAGUUCCUGAGUUCCAUCAAGGGCCUAGUGAAGAUGCUACGGCUGAUUUUGAUUGUAGCAACCUUGGUCAUAUAUGUUCUUACUCAAGCCCCUGAACCAUACAUAGUAAUCACAGCUUUGGAGUCCAUCAGUGCAUUAUUUUUCAUAGUAUUGUAUAUACUGAGACUUGACCUAGUGUGGAAAUGUUUGUUUUGGCCUUUACUCGAUGUUAUAAACUCACUUAUGACCGUAGUGUUCCUUAUGAUUGUAUCCGUUUUGGCAUUAGUACCAGAAACUGAUUUAAUUGCUGCUAUUGGAGGGAUCCUUGGAAUUGUGGCAACUGUGUUAACCAUUGGAGAUGCUGCCCUCAUUUACAGAAAACUUAUGUUUAAUCCAAGUGGUCCCUUCGAGAAAAAGCACAGUCACGACAAAAAGCGACGCUCCCGUCACUCUCGCCACUCUCAUCACUCUCAUCAUAGUUACGAGCCUCAGCCCUCUCUGGAAAAAAAAUGAAAAGUUGUAAUUUUAUUUAUUGUGAAUUCAAAUAUAUUUCUGUAGUCUUUCAUGUUUUCUCUAAAGUGUGAAAUUGGGAAAAGGGGGAAAAAGUAAAAUAGAGAAGAAUUUCCAGUGGACAAAUUCUGGAAACAGGGAGACUGGUAGCAUUUCUGCCUUAGAGGUGGAAGAAUAGGAUGUACUCAAUUCUGUGAUCCUGGUUCUCUCUGAAUGGCAGAUGACUUGGUCUUGAUAGUUGGCUGCUUUUCUCUGUAAAACCAGGGAGUUGGAUUAAAUCAUCACUAAGGUCCCUACCUGCUCUGUAUCCUGUAAUCCUGAAGUUGCCAGUCUCCUUCCAGCCCAGGGUAUUGGGUUGUCUGAAAGCUUAGAAUUAGAACUGGGAUAAGGCAAGAUUUAAGACUUGUACCCCUGCCUGUGUGCAUAGGAAAAUGUAAACUUGUACAACUCAUUCAACAUGAUGAACCAUAGAUUGUUCAAGUUGGAAGAAUGACCUCAGUGGUCAUCUAAUGCAGAGCUUCUUAAACUUUUUCCACUUCUGACCCCAUGUGGGGUCAUGACUCAGUGCAACACUCCUAUUUUAUAUAGGAAAAAUGAGUCUGUCACAGAAUCCCUGCCUAUUGUGAAAAACAGUUUUCUUGCAUUAAAAAUAUGUGCAUUUGUUAAAAAAAAGUCUCAAAAAUUCUUGGGCCACUCCCUACCUUUUCUAUCCUUAGUCCUGAUUCUAUACAGUUGCAUCUAUACUCUCCUCAUGUGUAGUGAGUUGGUAAAGCUUUUAGGACAGAAGAGGAAUACCCAAAAGACUUUGGAUUAUGCAAAUAGUAACAGAAGACAUGUGGUAGUUUAAAGUUUGCAAGUCAUUUUACAUGCAUAUUACAGAUGACCUUGGGAUAGGCUAGAGAGAGUAGCUGUGAGGUGGAGUAAAGAAUUGAUAGAGGGGGAAUGUAAAAGCUACAGGAACUGGGGAAGGCAGAGGAUCACAUGAAGUCUGAAAGUACAGGCUGAUUUCAAGGCAGUAACUCUGUUGCUGCCCACAGCUAAAGGGAUUCAACUAACAUGGGCUGAAAAUAUAAAGUCAGAGCUGAAGCUGACCCUCAUGAGCACAGAGGAGAAUAAGAUCAGAGAAGAAAAGUAGAAGGAAUGGGAGAAAAGUCCCCUUCUCCCUUCCUGUCAUCCCCUGAAUGAAGGUUCUGGAGCUGGUGGUAAUGCCAAGAAGGGAAACAUGGCAGGAACCUCAGUGACUGCUGAUGACUGAUGGUUCCACAGUUUAUCUUAUGAGGAAGGUAGGAGAAGAGGGAGGCCUGAGGUAACAGGUUCCACCUGCAUUUGAAAAGGAGAAAAGACAAAGAGAUCAAGUGCCUAGGACAAGCACCAAGGCGUUCUGCUACGCACUAGGGAUACAACAACAAAAUUAAAAACAGCCCCUGAAGACUUGUGUGAACUGAUGAAGAGUGGAGUGAGCUGGACCAUGGGAACAAUUUAUGCAGCAACUACAUUACCAUAAAGGAAAGCAACUUUGAAAGACUUGGAAGAACUCUAAUCAACGCAGUGUUUGGGUCAUCAGUCCAGAAGACUGAGGAUGAAGUAUGCUUACCACUUCGUAGGGUAUAGGAGCAGGACGAGAUGCAUCUUCACACUACCAAUCUGCAAAUUUGUUUGACUAUUUGUGACCCAGGGGCUGUGGGGAGAGGAGGGGAGAAAUGAGGGAAAAAGCCUAAGUGAGAUAUUUUAACAUGUACAAAAGAGAAGGAUGUUUCAGAAAGGGACAAGCAGGGCAGAGGUGGUGCUACUGUGUCAAAUCUGAUAUAUGCUUUUUUUAAGAAAAGCUAUACAGAAUAGAGAUUCAUGAUUUCCUAGAUAAGCCCCCUUUUCUGUUUGUAUAUUGAAAUAUUUGUGUGUGGUGUUUGUCAAGUUCAUAAUAAAGUAUUUUUUAAAGAACAC